GUCAUCAUCCACGUUGGGCGCCAUUCUGCCGGGGGCCGCCGCCACGGCUGGUCACUCAACCAGCGCGCGCAAGGCCGCCUCCCGGUGGGCGGUGGCUUUUUUUUUUUUCAGAAUCCAGGAGUCGCUGACGUCACCACACGACGUCACGUGACCGGCGGCCAUAUUUCUUUCAUUCUUUCCACAACCGGAGGGGAGGGGGGGCCUGCGAAGAACGAGUUUUUCCCGCGAGCGCCCGCGUGAGACGGCGGCAGGGCGUUAUUACGCGCAAAACGUGCCUCUGGGUCGUCGUCUCUCGUCCGUUGGCAGAGCGUCUGAAGCACGUCUGAAGGCCUGCAGCACACGCGGUUCGUCGUUCCCUCGGUCUACGCCUUUUUCCGCUAUGUCUGCGAACCAUAUCAGGGUGAUCAAGCCUCCCGGCGGCGAGGACAGCGACAUCUUCGGGGUGCGGUCCCCGCAGCCGUCGUCGCCCGGCGACCUGAGCCUCCAGACGCCCCGCAAGGUGAAGAACUACCAGCAGUCGUCCAUCUUCACGCCGUCCGAGGACGACCUGCCCACGACGCCCUCCAGCGGCGCCAGCACGCCCACCCGACGUCGUCUGAGCGACAACAGCCAGGAGCGCCUGUUCGGCGCCGAGGACGUGGGCACGCCCAGGCGCAUCGUGGACCGCAUGAAGUCCAACAUCUUCAGCGAGGUGGACUCGCCGGCCCCGCAGGCCCCCGUGCCAGCGUCGGCCUCCAAGAAGUUCGUGUCCCGCAACCCCAUCACUGGCGAUGUGUACAAUGUCAAGCAGAACGGUCAUGGCGGCAUGAAUGGCUACAGCAGCAAUGGAUCUACUUCACCCCUGGACUCACCCCCUAAUGGUCACGUGCAGUACCCUUCCGGAGGCAGGCCGUCGGGAAUCUUCUAAACAACGAUACUCUUCAAGAGCACUACGAAAAAAAAACUUUUUUUUUAUUGUCGAGCCUUACACUCUCGUUUUCCUAAUAUUCCUUCCUCCCUCUACCCUUCUUUCACUCACACGCACAAAGAGAAAGAGAGAGAGAGAGAUUGAAAGAGAGAGAAAGACAGGGUUAAGCCUAUCAUAGACGUUCCCUGGACCAAUUUUUUUGUACUCGCGAAUGCUGUGACCGAAAUGGCGUUUAUGAAAACGGGGCAGCGGUUUGCUGGCCCGAUCGAACCGGUAGAUAUAAGAGAGAGAAAAAUAAAACGGAGAUGGAAUCAUUUUUCGUGUUUGUCACGAACUGAAACAGAACCGUCCUAUCACCCUUGGCCUGGACCAAGUGCCUGCAACAUAAAAAAAAAGCCGAAUAUAGUCGCCUUCAAUUGUCGCUUGCAGCAUAGGAAAUGCAGAAAGUGGCAUCUUCAACGGCCCUCCCAUCGCUUGUGAGCCAAUAUAAUAUAUUAACUUUCAGCGUGAAGCAGAAGCGACCAAUCAUAGAGCCAUAUAUAAACCAAAGAUGGCCACGCCUUGUCUUUCCAGACUGUCUGAAACCGUACCAGAUAGCAGGCGUCCACAAAGAGAUGGGGCCCCGAUCAUCCUCAACCGCUCUUUUGCCAAAUGCCAGCCCAAUAAGAUAGGAGCAUUUUAAAAUUCAACCAGCCAAUCAGACGGCAGAAGAUGAACCCAAGGAUGCCGCACGUUGCCCUCAAGAACACCUGCGACCGCACCACACUGCUUACAUCAUGGGAACAUGGCCACCGAAAGCAACUCAGUUAGGCGUUGUUAGCCAAUAAAAUCUCAGCAUUUCCGAUACAAAGCAGCAGACUAUAGAACAGAGGAGGGGAUCAGAGGUGGCUAUUGCUUUUUUCCUUGACAGCCUGCAACUUCACUAUCAACGGUAGCCGCUUUUUAUGCACACCACAAAGAAAUGCAUUUGUUUUUCUCGGCUUCAGUUUUCAUGCCUGUCUUUAUUGAAACCUGAGAAUACGUUGGAUGAGGCGAAGUCUUGUUAUUUUUUGCCUUCUAUAAUAUUAAUAAUAAUAAAAAAAAUCUUAUUUUAUGUAUAUACAAACGGAGUGGUAGUGAUAGUGUGUUGUUGAUGGUGAUGACGACAAAGAAGAAUGUCAACGCGCGUGCUUUUUUUUUUUUCUCGCUAUUUUCUUUGCUUUAUUAUUUUUUUUUUUUUCAGAUGUAUCCACGAUCUGUGUGGUUGUUUUCUCAAAGUAGGUAGUAGCGGUAGAUAAGAAGAAAAAAAAAACGGUAACAGACGUCAAGCCUUAUUGUUAAAAGUGGGUCGUCUCUAUGCAGUUUUGAGGUCCUUGCCGUUCAUGUGGAUGUCGAUGUUCGGGACAUUGCAGUUCCUAUAUAUUCCGCCUUGUAUCGCCUCUUUUUUUUUUUUUUUUUUUCAUAUACUGCGCUCUGCAACUAAGAAAGCCGACCAAGAUUUUUUGUACUGUACCACGAAUUUGUAACUCGCAGUAUUUUUAAUAAAGUAUUGGAAGUGCAA